AAGAAAACACCAUAUCAAUUUUUUUUAGGUUUAUGAUUGAUGAAGUGUGAAAAAAUUGUUGAUGUGGUGUUUUUCCAAUGAGUUAGGAUACCUCGUCUGUUUCAGCCCUGUUCCGGAAAACAUAGUCGUCAGACCACCUUUGGGUAGCAACCCUGCAACAAAUGACUGGAUUCCCAAUGUUGAAGAAAAUCAGGUAUCAAGAUGGGAUUGUAAUUGAUCCAAAUAUCUCAUAGUAGCAUUGUUUUGUUCAUCGAUUUUGAAACGAACGCAGUUGUUUUCUCUGUGAUCAGGUCUUCGUUUCUUCCAAGCCAAAUAGGAGCGAGGGUUGUUAGAUCAGUGGAUGGAAAGAUAGAAAUGUCCACCAAAUUACAUUGUUUUUGUGUUGUAAUUGUGUAAUCAGAUAAGGAUGCAUUUGGUGGGAUGCUUCAUGCUUGCAAAUUUUUUAAUAAUGAAAUUGACUUGGAAUUAAAUUAUUCAAGCACUUGGUUUUGGGUUGGACUCUGCCCAUUUUGUCCAGAGUUUCCUUAGUUUGGUGUUUUUUUUUUUCUUAAUUGUUGAAAUUUGUAAUGUGUAUGUUUGUAUUUGCUUGUAGUUGAAUAUUCAUACUAAAAAGAUGUAGGGUGU